UCGUUUUAUCACUAGCGCAUAGCCCUAACCCUAACUCUCUCGUACUUAAACCAAAAACCAAUCGACCAAGAAAUCGAAGAGCGACACGAUCGUAACCUAAGAAGCUUGAUUCCCAUGGAUUCGCAACCGAGCGAUCUCUUUGAUACGGCAUCUCAGCCCGAUACGGCGGUGGACGCGUACACCUUCCUUGAAUUCAAUUCCCAAGGCGAUUCGGAGUUCGAUUUCCCAGAGUUCCGUUCACCGAACGCAUGGCCUACACCGUCUGAUUCCAUCUCCGCCGUGGAGCCUUCCGAUCGCGGCGGCGGAGGGGUACCUGCCGCGGAUCACCAUUCCGAGGCCUCCUCGCCUUCUUCCCUGUCUGCCAAGGCCGGGCGCGGUGGUGGUGGUGGUGUUAGUAGCAGCAGUCAGGCGGAUGCGUUGGCUGCGGGGAUUGGAAAUUUGAACUUCGAGGAGACUGGCGAUGAUGAUGGUUUCGAUUACGGAAAGAAUGAUUUCACGGAGCACGCGUGUAAGUAUUGUGGUAUCUCGAACCCGGCUUGCGUUGUUAGGUGUAAUGUGGCCUCCUGUAGAAAGUGGUUCUGCAAUUCAAGGGGAAACACCUCCGGCUCCCACAUCGUCAAUCAUCUUGUUCGAGCCAAACACAAGGAGGUUUGUCUCCAUAGAGACAGUCCGUUGGGUGAAACAAUUCUCGAAUGCUACAACUGUGGAUGUCGGAAUGUCUUUCUUCUCGGUUUCAUCUCAGCAACUACAGACAGUGUUGUCGUCCUUCUCUGUAGAGAUCCUUGUUUGAAUGUGAAUGCUCUCAAGGAUAUGAACUGGGACCUAAGCCAGUGGUGUCCCUUGAUUGACGAUAGGUGUUUCCUCCCCUGGCUUGUUAAGGUUCCGUAUGAGCAAGAGCAGCUGAGGGCACGACAAAUUAGUGCACAGCAAAUAAACAAAAUUGAGGAAUUAUGGAAGACAAAUCCGGAUGCUACCCUUGAAGACCUUGAAAAACCUGGCGUAGACGAUGAACCUCAGCCUGUUCAACCUAAGUAUGAAGAUGCUUAUCAGUAUCAAAACGUGUUUGCUCCUCUUAUUAAACUCGAAGCAGAUUAUGACAAGAUGAUGAAAGAGUCUCAGAGCAAGGAAAACCUCACAGUUCGGUGGGAUAUUGGUCUGAACAAGAAGCGUGUUGCCUACUUCGUCUUCCCGAAGGAGGAAAAUGAAUUGCGAUUGGUGCCGGGUGAUGAACUACGUCUACGCUACUCAGGAGAUGCUGCUCAUCCAGCUUGGCAAUCAGUUGGACAUGUGGUCAAACUAACUGCCCAAGAGGAGGUUGCUCUUGAACUCCGAGCUAAUCAGGGAGUUCCGAUCGACGUGAACCAUGGAUUCUGUGUUGAUUUUGUUUGGAAAAGUACAAGCUUUGAUCGGAUGCAGGGAGCCAUGAAAAAUUUUGCUGUAGAUGAAACGAGUGUGAGUGGUUAUAUUUACCAUCAGCUAUUGGGACAUGAAGUUGAGGCCCAGUUGGUCCGGAACCCACUUCCUCGACGUUUUGGGGUACCAGGUCUUCCAGAACUGAAUGCAUCUCAGAUUAAUGCGGUGAAGAGUGUCCUUCAGAAGCCCAUCAGUUUGAUCCAAGGUCCACCUGGCACAGGCAAAACUGUGACUUCUGCUGCAAUUGUGUAUCACAUGGCAAAACAGGGUCAGGGACAGGUUCUCGUUUGUGCCCCAAGUAAUGUUGCAGUCGACCAGCUAGCAGAAAAAAUUAGUGCUACUGGUUUAAAGGUUGUUCGACUUUGUGCAAAGUCAAGGGAAGCUGUAAGUUCUCCUGUUGAGCAUUUGACACUUCACUACCAGGUACGACAUCUUGACACUUCUGAGAAGAGCGAGCUGCAUAAGCUACAGCAAUUGAAAGAUGAACAAGGUGAGCUGUCAAGCAGUGAUGAAAAGAAAUACAAAAAUUUGAAAAGAGCAACAGAACGCGAGAUAACCCAGAGUGCUGAUGUCAUUUGCUCUACUUGUGUUGGUGCUGCGGAUCUUCGGCUGUCAAAUUUUAGAUUUAGACAGGUCCUUAUUGAUGAGUCUACUCAAUCUACAGAACCUGAGUGUCUUAUUCCUUUGGUCCUCGGGGUAAAACAGGUUGUUCUUGUUGGUGAUCAUUGUCAGCUUGGCCCCGUCAUUAUGUGCAAGAAAGCAGCUCGUGCUGGCUUGGCACAGUCUCUCUUUGAACGCCUUGUGCUUCUUGGCAUUAAACCAAUUAGAUUGCAGGUUCAAUAUCGUAUGCAUCCAGCGUUGUCCGAGUUUCCAUCCAAUAGCUUCUAUGAAGGAACACUACAGAAUGGAGUCACCGUUAAUGAAAGGCUAACAACAGGGAUUGAUUUCCCCUGGCCCGUGCCUAAUCGGCCCAUGUUUUUCUAUGUCCAGCUGGGGCAAGAGGAGAUCAGUGCUAGUGGAACAUCAUACCUAAAUAGAACCGAGGCUGCUAAUGUGGAGAAACUUGUGACCGCUUUCUUAAAGAGUGGAGUUGUCCCCAGUCAGGUGAGUGUACUAGGAUUGUUUACCAUGUCUAGUAAAUUAUUUUGCCAUAUGUUGACGUUAUCAAAUUAUGCUCGUUGUUACCAGAUUGGAGUGAUAACUCCAUACGAGGGACAGAGGGCAUAUAUUGUUAAUUACAUGGCUAGAAAUGGUUCUCUCCGACAACAACUUUACAAGGAAAUUGAGGUUGCCAGUGUUGAUUCUUUUCAAGGAAGAGAAAAAGAUUACAUCAUAUUGUCCUGUGUCAGAAGUAACGAGCAUCAGGGCAUUGGAUUCCUUAAUGAUCCACGGAGGCUCAAUGUUGCACUCACACGUGCUCGUUAUGGAAUUGUUAUUCUUGGAAACCCGAAGGUCCUUAGUAAACAGCCUCUGUGGAAUGGCUUGCUGACACAUUACAAGGAACAUGAGUGCUUAGUUGAGGGACCUCUUAAUAAUUUAAAGCAGAGCAUGAUACAAUUUCAAAAACCAAGAAAGAUGUAUAAUGAUCGCAGACCAUUUUAUGGUGGUGGGGCUGGCAUGAUUGGAAAUGAUAAUCCCAAUGCUGACAGAAGAGGCAGCCGUGGAAGGGCUGGUGGUUCUUAUAUGCCUUCUGGCCCACCUAGUGGUUCGAGAUUACACCCAGCUGGCUACCCAAUACCCAGGGUGCCAUUUUCACCGUUUCCUGGUGGUCCUCCUUCUCAGCCAUAUGCUAUUCCAACUCGUGGACCUGUUGGUACUGGUCGUGGAAGUUCAGUUGGGGGCCACCUUCCCCACCAACAAGCCACCCAGCAUAAUGUUGGAACUAUUGGCCCUAAUGUGAACUUCCCCCUUGAUAGUCCAAAUAGCCAGCCUUCACCUGGUGGUCCGCUAUCCCAACCUGGAUAUGGAAGCCAAGCAUUCAGGGAUGGUUUUAUGGGCGGCAUUUCUCAGGAUUUCUUAGGUGAUGAUUUCAAGAGCCAGGGAUCUCAUGUUCCUUACAACAUGGGCGACUAUUCUACACAGGGAGGAUAUGCGGUUGAUUAUGCCACACAAGGAGCCCAUGGAGCUUUUCCUGGAAACUUUAUGAACCAAAAUUCUCAAGGGGGUUAUUCUCGUUUCAGUGGGAGUAAUGAUUUCAUGUCCCAGGAGUAUAUGGCGCAUGGAGCACAAGGUCUUUUCACCCAAGCUGGCUUUAUCGACUCAUCUCAGGAUGAUGGACAACAGAAUCCUUUUGGUGUGAACAAUCCUAAUCUUCAGUCUCAGGGUCUCCCGAAUUCACUCUACUCGCAGCCUUUCUCACACUACACCCAGCCACUAAACCUUUCAGGCCCACAGCAAUCUCAACCUCCUAACCAAAGCUCACAAAACCCAAAACUUCCUCACAACGGCUAAAGAUGACACAUGCAGAAGCUGAAUGCAAACGGGUUUGUAAACCUUUUUUUUUGCAAAUUCAGCAGCUUGGUAUCAUGCUAUCACGGCUCCAAACAAACAUCUGGUGGCUUCUCGGGGUGCUUGCAAGUUACGUGCCUUUCUGGCUCGCUUAGCAACAGGUAAUGAUGAUGCAGAGAGACAUGUACCUAAGUAACCCGAGGAGAUUCUUGGUCCAUACAUCCUCUGGGCUUAUAUAAAUGUUUGGUUUUGCCGUGUAAUAUUAUAAUAUCAUCCUCUUAUUGUAGUCUAUAUCUGAAGCUACCCUUAGUUAAGAAUCGGUGGUGGUGUCUGGUGAUAUUGAUAUGAGUACUGCAAACUCUCUUGCCUUUAUUUUUUCUGGAUAUUUUCGCUUAAUGCGUGUCUGAAUUAUUGUUUCUGCUUCCGUGGUAUUUAUUAUAUUAUCAUCUA